AUGACAAAGAACAAGCAAAGGAUCGCUUUGACCUGGAAAAACAGACAAUAUUUUACCUGUCGUACCACCACAACAAGAUCAACUAACACACUUAUUCAGUUAGCAUCUGACCCGUUUCCGUGUCCGGACUCGUGCUUCUCAUAUUUGGGCUGUCGUAGUCAGCAUCUGCACCAUCCGUGGCUACACCGAAAUAGUAUCGGCUCGGUCUAUUUAACAAUGGAAGGUAGGCACUGA